GCACAAAGCAAUUAUCAAUUCACCCUAAAACCCUAAACAUGUUAAUUGACAAUUGUAACUCAAGAGAGUGAAGCCCAAAGUUACGACUUACGAUCCGAGAGUCUUCCCCAGCAGCCGCCUGCUACUCGCUGUGGAGGAAAUGAAUAAGUUCGGCCCAGCGACUGAACUCGUUCCAUCAACUCGCGAACCAUCCCUGUGAGAAAGGCCUGUCACCCGAUUCCGUGACUCGGCAUCGAAGAAAGGUAUCUGCUGCGCUCAGUUUGGACGAGCUCUGGAAUCGUAGAUUGUUUGUUUACUAGAGGUCUUUGAUUCCUUUGCCGGCGCUGAGAAUGAAGUUUCUAGACUGGUAUGUGAAGAUAGCCGCCGGUUCUGCUCUAAUCGGAGCUUCCAUGGAGUUCUUCAUGAUCAAGACGGGCUUCUACGAUAAGGUGACGGUUCUGGAGUCCGAGAAACGUGCUUGGGAGAAUACUCCUGAAGCUCAAGCGAUGAGGGAUGCUUUGAAUCCAUGGAGAAACCAUGAGAAGCAGUCAGAAAAGACUUCCUGAUGGUCUUUGAAUCAACCUUAGCCCAAAGUGGAGUGACAUCCAGACGGAACUACUUCAGUCUUGCAUACUGAUCACUGAGUAGCUCUCUCACUUGUUCUCAUCAUGUUGCUGCUGCUUACAGCGUUUGUUUGUGUUUUUCUUUCCCCUACUUUUGGAUGCCAUAGCUAUCAUGGUACACAGGGGAAACAACAAUUUACCCAAUUUGAAUUCGGUAGACAUAUAUAGCUCCUCUGUCUUAGGUUGCACUUCAAUUAGUUAUCUAUCUACCAUCAUUAGAGGCCACCAUGUGCAUCUGUUCUCUGCUUGAGAAUCCAAUUGCUAAGUUUGAUUGUUCUUUGAUGUUUCAAAUGUAAACGAUUACUUCGGAUGAUGAAGCCAUGGAUAUUCAAUGGAUUCCCAGUAGAAUUCUUAGAGUGGCAUUUCAGUAUUCUCAUUUCGAUGUGAUUGUGGAUGCAUGACUCUUACAUUAAAGAAGGGGUUAGGAAUUAAGAUUCAUGAACUUGUUUGUUGUAUCUUCUGUCGAUUGGUGCGGGACAUGAAUUAGAGCUUAUCGGGAUUGCUUAUUGGAGGUUUACUGUACCAAAUAUUUGAGUUGAUGAAUGUGAUGUUUAAGGAUGCGCCCUUCUUUCAUUUUUGGCUUAUGCUUUCUGUCAACUCUUGUUCC